AGUGGCUCCAAGAGCGUGCGUGUGCCUCUUCGCCAGCAUGGAGUCGCUCAAGUGGUUGUGGGUCCUUCUUGCAGCGCGCGUUGCUGCAGAGGCUCCGAAGCUAACCUACUUCAACGUCGCGGGCCGCGCCGAAUUGGCGCGCCUGUAUGCGGCAGUCGGAAAUCUGACAAUCGUCGACAGCACCGACACAUCAGGGUACAAGACAAAGACGCCGAGUGGAUACGUCCCGGUGAUUGCACACGCCGGUCUCUUCCCAUCGUGUGCCUUUGAAUACGGCUGCUUGCAGGAGUCGCUCGCGAUCGAGCGGUACGUGCGUGACAUCGCACCGGGCUUUCUCGCGCUGUCGCCGCAGCAACGUGCGGUGGAUGACAUGUUUGCGCAGAUCAAGGAGGAUAUCCUGCAGGGCGUCGAGGACCGAGGAGCUAUUAGGCCGCCAGCGGCUAUCAACGCGACCUUCGCCCAGUACUUGCGCGUGCUCGAGCUCUUCGUGCCCGAGAGUGGCUUCGUCCACGGCCGCACCUUCCCAACGGGCGCCGACCUGGCGGUAUUGGUCGCUUUGCGAGCAGGUUUCCCCUUUGCGCAAGCACUCGAGGCUGCACACUUCGACGUGGCGACACGAUACCCAAAGGUACACGCCCUGGCGGCGCGGACAGCCGCCGCGCCAACAGUGGCAGCCUACCUUAGCAAGAGCAAGACCUUCUAUGCGCGCCAUUCGUCCGGCAGUGUGCUAUGAGCGCGCGAACGGGAAUUUCUCCGAUGAGGCGGGGACAGCAUACUCUCUCUCCGGACGCGGCCUUGUUUCCUAGGUGCGUGACGCCGGCUCGUUGCAACGGCUUCUGUGUGGCCUGCCGCCGAUGCGCCCGGUCGAGGCGGCGCCCGCGACGUCGUCCAGUGCCCACCCAUCCUCCCCCGCUAUGACGCUCUGGGUCUUGACACGGUGCGCGGCGUAUGGUAGCGCCCGUGUGCGAGGUCGGUGGAAAAUACGCUCAUCUCUCCGGGCGGUCUUGUCGCUGAGUGCUGCGCGCAGUCGCGCCGUCCGAAUUGCUGAUGGGAGCUGAUGGGACACUGCCACGU